AUGGAGCUUCGUGGAGGAACUGAUGCCGUUGUGAGGUGUCUGUCGGACCUAGGUUUGCAGGCGUACAACGAGAAGUUUAUUGAAGAAGGAUUCACGUCAAUGCCGACCCUCAUGGACAUAACCGAACAAGACCUUGUCGAAAUGUCCAUAAAACGCGGCCACCGCCGCCUCCUGCAACGCGAAAUCGCAUCACGGCGCGGAAUCCCUAUCAACGAGCCCCUACCCCUCGAAGAAGAAAUGGACGAAUCGCGUGGAGUUACUCCGGCGAUGAGUUGGAAUGGGAAGGAUAGGGAGGCGCAGGAGGAGUUUGAGGGGGAGAAGGAGGAGGCCGUUGGUGGUGGGAAGAGGAAGGCGAAGGCAAAGAAGGAUAAUAUUGAUCAGGAGACGGGGAAGAGGAAGUAUCGGAGACAUCCAAAGACUGAUCCCAAUGCUCCCGAAAAGCCGGCGUCAGCAUAUGUCGUUUUUGCCAACUCUGUUCGCGAAGAACUCAAGAAAGACGUUGCCAAUAACUCCCUCUCCUUCACCGACAUCGCCAAGAUCGUCGGCGACAGAUGGAAACUCCUCGACCCCGAAGAAAAAGAACGCAUGGAAGAUGACGCAGCCCGCAAAAAGGAAGACUUCGCAAACGCCAUGCUCAAAUACCGCAGUUCGCAAGAAUACUAUAAAUACCAAGUCUACCUCACUCAAUUCCGUGAGAAACAUCCGAAUGCGGAUUUGGGCGAGCCAGCGCCGAAAAAGAGUAAGUUGGAGAAGUCGAUGUCGAAGGAAAAGAGUGAUAUGAGUGAGAUGGGGAUGCAGAUGUCGAGGACGCCGAGGAGGCGGGCGCAUUCGACGACUGAUACCCCGAGUAUGAUUGAGAGGGGGCUAAGUAAUGCCUCGUCGUCGUUCAGGGCGGAUGAGAGUCCGGAGUUGCGACACUUGAAUACUCGACUCCAGGAUCUGCGUGAUGCUGCUGUCUCGGCUGCAGCCACCGCUGGUUCGUCUUCGACACCCGUUCAUGACUUCCCACCUCCUGCAUCUGCCACGAGUGUUGGCGGACAUGAGAGGAGGUCCAGUAUCGCAAGUUCGAUAUCCAAUGCUUCGAAUCAAUAUAGCCCCACUGCGACUGUGCCGCCGAAGAAUAUGUAUUCGCCGACACAGACGCAGCAGACGCAGAGUGCGAUGUUCCAGCCGCCUCCCUUUCCUCCUAGGCAAGGUGGGUAUAUGCCCUACCCUCAGCAACAGCAGGUUCAGGGACAGCAGCAACAACAGGAGCAGCCAGCGCCGUUCCCGGGGUUGAGACUUCAGGCGGCAAUUCCUUAUCACGUCAGGCAGCCGUCAGGUUCUGGAUUCCUUCCUCCUUCCAUAACCGAUCCUUCGAACUUCCAGAUUGGGUCAGGAGGCGGAGCUGGAAUGGGAGUUCCCGGUAGGAACCCCAGUGUCCCGCCUAGGAUGGAUAGCGCGGAGAGUAUCAGCGAGAGUGUGGCGAGUAGUGCGACAGCCGUGAGUGCAUCGAAUGUUGGUGCUGGAAUGAGUGCGGGUGAGGCUAAGGCGGUUGCAGCGGGGGUUAAUGGCGGAGCAAGGGCAAGGCCGAGAGGUGGGUUGGGUGAUCUGUUGAAUCCGGCUUCAGAUUGUCCGUCCAACUAG